UUCGUAUUCGUUUUCUAUUCGAGGAAGCAACUCGAUUCAUUUUUAAUUAGGUUUUGUUUUGAUACAUUCAUGCCUCAGAAUUUCUCAAUUUUCCUAUACUUUCAAUUAUCGAGUAUUGAUUGAAAUUGUUUCAACAAAAGGUGGAAAUGGAUUUCUUUUUAAGGGGAAUGAAUGGGGAUGGAUCCGAUUGCCCCUUUGAUGUGAGAGACAUCCAAAGGUGCCCAUUUUUGAGAAAUAUUGAUGAACCUACAAAAUUCUCUUUCUCUUCGUCAAAAGUCUCCAUUCCUGUGCGUGCAGCCAAGGGUCCUAUAUUUGAAGAUGGUCCUGGUUUUGAUAUGGCUUUUAAGUUGUUUCACGGGAAAGAUGGCGUCGUUCCUCUCUCUGAGAGAUCUGACUUUCACAAUGGCAGAAAGGAAGUUGAUUCUAUGCCUGUUUUUAACCCUUUGGCUGGAAGAGCUGCUACCAUUAGUCUAUCAUCCUUUGGACUAGGUGGCCCGUUUAAUUUUGGGGAUUUUUCUGAGAAAUGGAAGAAACAGAAGAAUUCUGAAUCGUCAAACAAAAAGGAGCAUUCAUCUCAGAAAGGAGAUAUGUCAAAGCACGAAGCACUUGGAAAUGAAUGGUUGACAAAGGGAAAUUGCCCAAUUGCCAAGUCUUAUAGAGCUGUAAGCAGUGUUCUCCCCCUUGUUGCGACAGCUUUGAAGCCACCAACUGCCAUGAACUUCAAAUGCCCACCGGCAGUUGUUGCUGCAAGGGCCGCCCUUGCCCGUACAUCCUUUGUUAAAAACUUGCGCCCUCAGCCUCUUCCUGCAAAAGUGCUUGUUAUUGCAGCAAUGGGAAUGGCUCUCAAUGUGCCCUUGGGUAUGUGGAAGGAGCAUACCAAGAAAUUCUCAUUGUCUUGGUUCGCAGCUGUGCAUGCCGCUGUUCCCUUUAUAGCCAUGCUUCGGAAGUCAGUACUGAUGCCUAAAUCAGCAAUGGCAUUGACCAUUGCAGCUUCUAUCCUCGGGCAGGUUAUAGGCUCAAGAGCGGAGCGCAUCCGGAUGAAAGCAAUAGCUGAGAUGGGAAAAGUGACAGUGACAACAGAAACCACAAGCAGCAUGACAAUGUGUAACCCCAAGCAACUUCAUGACAUUAGGACUGGUCGCUGUGGUGCAGAAGGAAUGGUUCUCAGCUCAAUCCCCGUUAAGGAUGCUGGUACGAGUUCAACUGCCAACACAUGUUAUUGACCUGUCCAAAAUAAUAAAUUCAUAUUUGAUUUUGAAUAAUAUUAACGAUCCGAAAAUGGAUUAAUGUAAAUAAAAAGUUUUAUGAUUGCAUACAAAGAAAUCAAGACAUGCAGGUACUUUGCAAGCAGAAUACACUACAUGCACAAUUGAUCUUGAAUUCUUAUAAAAUUUACAUUGUCUUAAA